CCUUCCAAACUUCUUAUAAGAAAAUAAUAUUGCCGAGUAAUCCUAACUUCAACUUGUGUGUUUUUCAUAAAAGUCGCUAAUUUAUAUAUUGUUGAUCGACUGUGGAUUUAACAAAAUGUCUAGAGGUAGUAGUGCUGGCUUUGAUCGCCAUAUCACAAUUUUUUCUCCAGAAGGUCGCCUUUACCAAGUUGAAUAUGCCUUCAAAGCUAUCAAUCAAGCUGGUUUAACUUCAGUUGCUGUUAAAGGCACUGAUACUGCAGUAUGUGUUACACAAAGGAAGAUUCCAGAUAAAUUGAUAGAUCCUUCAACAAUAACUCAUCUAUUCCAACUAACAGACUCUACUGGUUGUGUUAUGACUGGAAUGAUGGCUGAUAGUAAAUCUCAAGUCCAACGGGCAAGAUACGAGGCUGCACAAUUUAAAUAUAAGUAUGGAUAUGAGAUGCCUGCUGAUACAUUAUGUAGAAGAAUAGCUGACAUUUCUCAGGUCUACACACAGAAUGCUGAAAUGAGACCACUUGGAUGCUCAAUGGUAAUAAUAGCUUAUGAUGAUGAAUUGGGACCUUGCGUUUUGAAAACAGAUCCUGCUGGUUAUUAUUGUGGAUAUAAAGCAGUUAGUGUAGGAGCUAAACAAACUGAAGCUAACAGUUUUUUGGAAAAAAAAUUGAAAAAGAAUAAAGAAUUGAAAGGGGAUGAAGUAGUACAACUUGCAAUUUCUUGUCUAAGCAGUGUACUGUCUGUUGAUUUCAAGCCAAGUGAAAUAGAAAUUGGUAUUGUAAGUGAAGAUCAACGCAAAUUCAGAAAAUUGGAAGAAUCUGAAAUUGAGAGGCAUCUUACUGCAAUUGCUGAACGGGAUUAAAUAUUAUUCCAAUUAUUUUAAAGUUCAUUUAAGUUUCAAUUCAGUAAUGAAAAAACAAAAUAAAUUCUUGUAAAAGUA